AUGUAUGCCUACGGAAACCACUACGGCGUGACCAACAAAACGAAGCAAUUUCCCCAGUUGACCCAGUAUAUCCACGCUUACAUGCAACAUCAUCACAAGAAGCCUUUAGGUUGUAAUGCGAUAUUGGUCAGUUGCAAUGCCAAACAUCCAGUCCACCGAGACCUGCACAACGAUGCUGAAGUUCCGAAUGUCGUUAUUGGUCUAGGAAACUAUCGGAAGGGUAGACUGUGGGUGGCUACAAGCCACCCGGAACAAGCGCAUCCUACCAGCCGCAAGGUGUUGCCCAAUGGGCAAACUGUGGUGGGCCAAUACCACGACAUCUACCAGAAGGCCCACAGCUUCUACCCAAAGGAGUGGCACGGACCCGAAGCUUGGACCGGAACUCGAUGGGUUAUUUCAGCAUAUUGCAGUCGGGGUUCGGAGUGUUUGGGUUCGGAGGAUCAAGGGUUACUUCAGACUUUGGGUUUUUCACUUCGGAAGCCGGCGAGUGAGUCCCACAAACAUGAGGUUCAUGCGAACGAAGAAAAGCCCAAAGAAGCCCCAAUGACCACGACCGAGAAAGAACGAAUCCGCAAACAGUUGUACUUGCUUCAUGCGGCUACGGGUCAUGGGAGCACCCGCCACUUGAUCGAAGCCCUCAAACGUCGGAAAGCCAAACCCGAAGUCUUGGAGUUAGCUAAGCAGUUCAAAUGCUCUAUCUGCGCCGAAAAGCAAAAGGUUACCCCUCGACAUUUAGCGAGUUUGGAAGUUCUCCCUCCGAGAUUUCACACCAUUGCGGCCGAUAUAGGACAUUGGCAACACCCUCGCACUAAAGAAAGUCACCAGUUCAUGCUUAUUGUGGAUGAGGGAUCUAGAUUCAGGGUGGCUCGGUUUCUGGCCCAGGGCUCCAAACAACAGCCCAACGCGGCCACUUGCCUCCAGUACUUACGGGAAGGUUGGAGCCAGUACUUUGGACUCCCGAGAACAUUGAGGCUCGAUCCCGCAGGCGCGUUCCGGAGUGAAGCCGUAGUGUCUUUCUGUGAGCGAAAUGGCAUAUUCUUGGACAACAUCCCAGCAGAUGCACACUGGCAGUUGGGAGUAUGCGAACAGGCCGUCCAUGGCCUGAAAACAGUGAUGACCAAACUUGUUGAUGACGACGAUGAUAUCACUGCGGAGGGUGCUUUGACAACCGCUGUUCAGACCUUCAACAGUCGGGAACAGAUUCGAGGAUUUUCACCCAUGCAACAUGUUUUUGGACAGAGUCCCGACACCACGGGACGUAUCAUAGGCGCCACCGACCGAGUUCCAGAGGAGCUGAUUACUGAAUCGGCAACAUCCGACCUGCAAGCCGCUGCAUUGAGACGCGCAUCGGCUGAGAAGGCUUUGGCCGACUGGCAGGCAUCCCAACGAAUCUCGCGAGCUAUGAAUUCACGCACCCGACCCGUCUUCGACUACCAACCUGGCGAGUUAGUGUAUUAUUGGCGAAGCCAGGUGUCAGGCCAAAGUCGGAAACACCCCGGGAGCAAACAUGGCUACUUCCUGGGGCCAGCCCGGAUCCUUGCGACAGAGCAGAGACGCGACGCUGAAGGGCACCUGUACCCGGGCAGCGCAGUUUGGUGUGUUCGAGGCCGACACCUAGUGAAGUGCUGUCCUGAGCAAUUGAGACGGGCCUCGGAACGCGAAGAGCUUUUAGAAGCUCUGGCUGGAGAACACACUGGAGAUGCCACCCCGUGGUCCUUCGACAAGGUCGCCGAAGAGAUCGGUGGCAACCAAUAUGAGGAUGUGUCACAGGAACGGCCACCCCCAGAAGAGUGGCGUCGUGCUCAGGAUCCAGAACAAGAAGUGCCUCCAGCCCGUUUCCGAGUGCGAGGCAAGCGUGCAUUGCCCCAGUCGGAGGCAGGAGAGAUGGAGGUCUGGAAUGAGGAGGAUGCCACCCCCUCACAGCCCUCAAGACCAAGCCGGAGGAUUGAAACAUCGAAUCCUCAGGGUCUCUACACCAAAGGCGAGGCAUGGUACACUACUGUGCCGGAGAACUCCUGGAGCACAUUGGCCUCAAGCUACUGGUCGGACCAAACAGCAGCUGUGGAGGUGGAAGUGGAGCUACCCAAUGAUGAGGCGGGAUUCCGACGAGCUACGAAUAACCUACGAGCCUACUUCACCGGAGCCCUACGACGUCGUGCAGUGGAGGUACACGAGCGCCAUUUGAAUGAUGAGGAACGGACCGCCUUCAAGGCGGCCAAAGAAGCCGAGGUACGCAACUUUGUGGCUGCUGAGGCCUUUGAGGCUUUACCGGAAGGGUUGCGACCCUCCAAGGACCAGGCAGUCAACAUGCGCUGGCUGCUCACCUGGAAGGUCCGGGAGGAUGGUUCUAGGAAAGCCAAGGCUCGGGCAGUCCUUUUGGGCUACCAGGACCCGAGCUAUGCUCAACGAGAAACCGCAGCCCCGGUUAUGUCGAGGCAGACCAGACAGUGUCUACUGCAGAUUGCCGCCAACAACAGGUGGGACAUCCAUAAAGGCGACGUCACUGGAGCUUUUCUCCAGGGCCGAAGCUAUCCUGACACCUUGUAUUGCAUACCAACUGAUGAGAUUUGUCAGGCAAUGGGUUUGAAGGCUGGGACCAUCACAAGGCUCAGGCGAGCCUGCUACGGAUUGGUGGACGCUCCACUGGAGUGGUAUCGGACGGUCUCAGAGUUCUUUGAGGAGAUUGGCCUCACUCGCAGUUGGUCCGAUGCAUGCUGUUGGACCUACAGGGUUGGAGGGGUGCUCAAAGGCCUGAUAGCGGGCCAUGUAGACGAUUUCCUCUUCACAGGGUCCUCGACCGACAAGGGCUGGCAAGACAUCAUUGAGAAAAUCAAGACGCGUUUUAAGUGGGGUGAUUGGGACACGAAUGACUUUGUCCAAUGUGGGGUCCAGAUUCGUAAGACGGCUGAAGGCUUUGAGUUAUCACAGGAGAGGUAUGUGACUGAUAUUCCGGACGUGCCAUUGAACAGCCAGAGGCGGAAGGACUCCCAAGAACCAACCACCCCUUGGGAGAAAACCAAAUUGCGGGCCUCACUGGGCGCCCUGAGCUGGCAUGCCCAGCAAACGGCACCCCAUGUGGCAGCCGAGGUAGGCCUACUUCUUUCUGAGGUCAAUUGCAGUACGGUGGCAACCAUACAGCGCGUGAAUCAGUUGGUUCAGUGGACCAAAGCCAGAAAGGAUUACAAGCUUCAGAUUCAUGGAUUUGGUCCUUCGGAAGUUCUGGGAGUUUAUGCUUGGGUCGAUGCGGCGGUGAAUGGCGAGGACGAGAUGUUUUUCCUACGCUUUCAGUGGUCUGAGUUGAUGUAUGGGAUUGCCAAUGUUAGAGAGAAGGAUCAGAUUGUGUCACGGGUUCCUGGAUGCGUCAUCACUGAUUCCCGGAAUGUCUACGAUAAGAUGAUGAGUGAGGUGGUGAGCAUAAAGGGAGCUGAGAAAAGAGCGAACAUAGAAUUAUUGGGACUGAAAGAGUCUCAAUGGGCCGGGAGCAAAGAACUGGAGCUCUAUUACAAGAUGGGUUUCAAAUGGCGAAUUGUUGAGGAUGAGAAGAUGCGCUCAGCUCGACGUCGCAAAGCUCAAGGUGCCUUUGAGGUCCCUCGCUUGCAGCCAGUUCUUCGUGACGGGCGCGAGGUUGCCAACUUUGCAGGGCAUCUCCCGGCGGUUGAGGCAGUGAGCCGGAUCAGCCGUUGUCCCAGGUUGGCCCUGAACGACAGUAAGAACGUUCUUUCCGGGCAUUCCGGCAUUCGGUGA